UUCUGAAAUUGCUCAAAAGAAAUUGCAACACAGGAUCUAUCAGCAGUGCCAGGUUGGUGCAUCUGAUGGAUUCUCACAGCAGACAAUGGAGCAUAUCUCAAGCGACAGGCCCCAAAUCCUACGGCCAAAGGAGGAUGGCCACUCAGCAAGGAAGGAGGCAGGCAACAGCGGGGAUCAUCUUUCCAGGGACCCACAAGAAAUCCACCCCCCCUUUUCCAAUGAUAAUUUCAGACUGCAGCUAGACGGAUCCCAAACCCCUGCUGGGCUUAAGUCAUUGACCCCAAAGCCUCCCCGUAAACCGAGGCUGGAGCGGACAUCCUCUCUUGAUGAACUGAUCUGGCGGAGGAGGAGGUCUUUCAGAAAGAACCAAGAGAACUUGGCUGACUCAGCCGAGGGGGGGUCCUCCGAUGGGUCUUUCCAGGAAGAAAGCCCCGCCAAGCAGGAAGUAGCCUCCAGUGGCAGCCGCCACCAUCUGCAGCCUGGGCACAACUUGUACCAAGGCUGCAAGGCUCCCCACGUCAGCCAAAGCAGGCUUAGCCUUUCUGCAUCGCCCAGGAAGUUGUCCAAGGUCUUGGCCACCCAGCCUCCCCCCCCUCUGGAACUGGAGGGCUCCUUUCCUUCUCUGAGGACCACUAACAGGAUUGACCCAGAUUGUGCGGAUUACAAGUUUGGUUCCCGGAGUGUUUUCCCAAGAGCGGGCAGCAGCUGGAGCGACACACAGCUUCAGAGCCGUGGAAUGGCUUGUGAGCACUGUUUGGCUGCCUCCGUGAAAUCUACCUUCAGCCUGCUGGCCCCCAUCCGCGUCAGAGACGUGCGAAACAGAAGCUACUUGGAAGGCAGCCUUCUUGCUAGUGGUGCCCUCCUGGGAGCAGAAGAGCUGAACCGGUAUUUUCCUGAUCGCCGCAUUGGCAUCUUCGUAGCCACCUGGAACAUGCAGGGCCAGAAGGAGCUUCCUGAGAUGCUGGAUGACUUCCUGUUGCCGUCUGAGCCUGAUUAUGCCCAGGACGUGUAUGUGAUAGGGAUCCAAGAAGGCUGUCCAGAUAGGCGAGAGUGGGAGAUUCGCCUGCAGGAGACGCUGGGCCCUCAGUAUGUCAUGUUUUAUGCAGCUGCCCACGGUGUCCUUUACAUGUCAGUCUUCUUGCGAAGGGAUCUCGUCUGGUUUUGCUCAGAGGUGGAAUACGCCACAGUGACAACGCGCAUCGUGUCUCAGUUCAAAACCAAGGGUGCGCUAGGAAUUUGCUUCACUUUCUUUGGCACGUCCUUCCUUUUCAUCACUUCCCACUUUACGUCUGGGGAUGGCAAAGUAAAUGAGAGGGUCCUGGAUUACAACAAAACCAUCCAAGCUCUUUCGCUGCCCAAAAAUAUUCCCGAUACCAACCCGUAUCGAUCUAGUUCCUCAGACGUCACUACCCGCUUUGACAACGUCUUCUGGUUCGGAGACUUCAACUUCCGCCUGAAUGAAGACCGGGAGGUGGUAGAGCAGAUCCUCAGUCACGGCCAGGACCUGGACGUGUCAGUGCUGCUACAGCAUGACCAGCUGUUGAAGGAAAUGCACAGUGGUUCUAUUUUUAAGGGGUUCCAAGAAGCCCCCAUCUUUUUCCGUCCUUCCUACAAGUUUGACGUUGGACAGGACACCUACGACACAACCUCCAAGCAGAGGACACCUUCGUAUACGGACCGGGUCAUCUACCGAAGCCGCCACCAGAAUGAGAUCCACACCGUGAAGUACUCUGCCUGCUUUGGGAUCAAAACGUCAGAUCACCGCCCUGUGUAUGGGUUAUUUCGUGUCAAAGUGAGACCUGGAAGAGACAACAUCCCACUGGCUGCAGGCCUGUUCGAUCGAGAACUUUAUUUGAUUGGCAUAAAGAGACGGAUCACGAGGCAACUUCAGAAAAAACAAGCUCUGAAAACCCAGAAAUCCAGCACGGUCUGUUCCGUUUCCUGACCAAACACACCCAGGGGUUAUGAGGCCAACACGAAGGGCUUGCAGACAAGGCCUCCUCCAGCUCAUUCCCCAGAAUUCUGCCGGAAUGGCUCCAGCACAACCAUGAAAGCAAAGGGCUCCUUCGAGGCUGGACGUGGCUGGAUGCUCAGUGGAUUGGGCUGAGAUUUAUCAAGCGCGUGGCUUCUUCCUAUCAACAAGUGCCUGUCCUGGUGCUUGAGCAGGAUCCUGAAUUAAACCUGCUGGGUGUUGGCUUUUCUGUUACAGCCACGUACGCUUCUUAGGUUUGGGAAGACACUUCUGAGGACCGUCUUGGGAAUGAAGGAACACGUUCUAAGCCCUGUUCUGUGUUCAUUCUUCAGUUGCAGCUGGGAAGCCAAGUAUAGAGCAGCCAGAGUGUAGUUCCGUCCCCAGAAGCAACUUUUUCCCUAAGAAUUCUAGAAAGAAAAGAUCUCUGAAACGCUGCAGGGGCAAGGGAAGGCUCAGAAGGCAGUGACGAGGAGGAGGUUACAGGGAUUUUUUGCCUUCAGUUACAGAUUGGGACAAGCUAGCUUCCAUCAGCUACAUUUGUUAAAAUCUAUGAGCUAGAGAGAGAUGGCACCUUGAGUGGUUUCAAAAAUCAGUAUUUUCAAUAGCAAGAGCAAAUUUUAGCUGAUGCCAAUGGUUUGGUAAGAGUUAGAAAUGUUUUCCCCUCGUGUGUAGUCACCUGCCAUUUUCCUUGAUUGUGUUUGGGUUCAGAA